AGAAGAUUUUAUACGCCCUCUAUUAUCCCCCCCAGCCGCCGUGAAAGCUACCGCCGGCCGGCCGCCGCCGCAACGCCAUGUUCCAACUCCGAGCGCGUGACCUCUCUUUCCUCGUCCACUCACCACCCUGUCUCCCCGCUCCCCGCGUCUCUCCCCUCUUCGCCCUUCGCCGCAACCUCUCCGCCACCACAUCCGCUUCACCAGGCCCUUUCGCCGCCGAGGACUACCUGGUCGCCACCUGCGGCGUUCCCCGCGCGCAAGCCGUCAAGGCAGCGAAGAAGAUAUCCCACCUGAAGUCCUCCUCGAAGCCCGACGCGGUCGUCGCCUUCCUCUCCGGCCUCGGCGUCCCCCGCUCCGACAUCGCCGCCAUCGUCGCCGUCGACCCGUGGUUCCUCUGCGCCAGCGUGGAGAGGACCCUGGCGCCCCGAGUCACCGAGCUGAGGGAGCUCGGCCUCUCGCGCUCCGAGGUCGCGCGCCUCAUCCCGCUCGCCCUGUGCUCCUUCCGCAGCAGCUCCCUCAGGGGCAACCUCGACUUCUGGCUCUCGGUCUUCGGCUCCUACGAGAAGCUCCUCAAGGCCCUCAAGAUGAACUCCGGCCUCCUCGCCGCCGACCUCGAGAAGGUGGCCAAGCCGAAUCUGGCCCUCCUCCAGCAAUGCGGGCUAAGUCCCUCUGUCUUCUCGGAGCCCUUCAUUUCCCGGGUGCUCAUCAGGACCCCCAAGAAAGUCCAGGACGCUUUGGUGCACAUUGACAAGUUUGGGGUGUCGCAGAACUCGCGGAUGUUCCUCUACGCGCUUGUGGCGUUCACUGUGCAGAGUCCGGAGAAGCUCACCGACAAAAUCGGAGUCCUGGAGACGCUUGGUUGGUCGCAGGGUGAUGUGCUGCUAGCUGUGAAGACGAUGCCGGGUAUCCUGACCAUAUCCGAGGAGAGGCUGCAGAAAAAUGUGCAUUUCCUCACAAAGGUUGCUGGGCUGGAGAUAUCUUACAUUGCUCAAAGACCGGUGCUGCUCAAGUAUAGCCUUGAGCGCCGUUUGUUUCCUAGGUACUGCUUGCUUAAGCUACUCAACACGAAGGGAUUGCUGGAUCUCCGAUUUGAUUACAAUGCCGCCUCACUGUCCGAGAAGAAGUUUCUUGGCAGGUUCGUGCAUCCUUACAAGGAGAGGCUUCCAGGCCUUGCUGAUGUUUAUGCUUCAAGCUGUGCUGGGAAACUACACAUGGAGUUGCUAUCAGAGAACACAAAACAAAACUAGAGAAUCUACCUUACCUGUCCUGGGUGAGUACCAUAGGAUGGAAAAUGUUAAGGUUUGUCAUCCCCCUUGGUCCAUUGCUCAAGUUCUGUGCAGUUUUUCUGGAAGUGAUCCUCUAUAGUGUUAUUAACUGAUGAAAAAGCAUGGUUACAGGUUAUCAUCUUGCCAGAAAUAGAACGUGUAAUGAAAUUUCUGGGAAUGAUCAUGCUUAACUUCAUCUGCACUUGGUUUUAUUGUUUCUUGGGCUUUCACUGGCAAAUGAUUGUGUAUUUAGAUGCAACUUUACAUCUGUAUAUCUGAUUCUAAAUGGUUGCAUAUGGAUUUCGAUUUUCUCAAAGACAUGCAUGUGAACAUUUAGAAAAGUUAUUGAGGUGUUGGCUUCAGCUGUAAAAGAUUAAUUUUUAGGAACUGGCAAAAUUAUGUGCUUUCCACGAACCAAGUUGAAAUAAUUUAGAGCCUACAUCACAAAGUAUAACUACAAAAAAUCAGAGAUUCAACAUUAUACAAGACAUGGAAUGAUUUUUGAAAAUGGUGAAGUGCAAUAUUGUUUUGAAGAGAUAGUAUUUUUUUCUAGAUGUGGCAAUAGUAGAAUGAGAGAACUUGUUAUAUUUGGAUAGUGUUUAAGCCAUUAAGCCCUUUUCGUAUUGAUAACUAUCCCUUUUUUUUUAUAUAAGUAUCCCUUUCGCUACCCUGCACUGGUAAGUACUGCAAAAUGAAGAAAUGAGAUUCGCUCCCCUUAUAUUCAGAAGAAAAACUAAGGGCGUAAGGGGUGGUAUACUAGAUUGUAUGAUUUGAAGUUUGAUAGUCCUCUAGUUAUUGUACUGGGCGGUUUGCCUAGUUUCAGCUUCUUUGCAUGGAAAAGCUAAAUUUCACGACAGAUGAAUGUUUUCUCCAGGAAAGGUUUUCUAGAAACUGGAAACCUGAAGGUUACAAUAUCAACUCUUUUUUACCGGGUUUGAACUUUAGUUUGAUUAUCUGGAGGCCAGGUUAUAGAUUAACAGCAAGUGAGUGGCCAUAUUAUUUGAUUGUAUUUUUGUAUUACAAAACAUAUUUCCAAAAUUCCAUCUUCAAUACUUAUUGCUAAACGUUUUCUUGAAAACUAAAGAAUAUCUGUAGGUUGAGCUAGCAGCUACAGAUAAUUAUAUGGAUACUUAGUUACUAUGGUAGACUCAAGGAUUUCAUCAACUCUGGAUUAAGGUUUGAAGUUUUAACCACGUGGUAGGACGGUGUAGGUGCGAGCAUGUUCAUUACUGAAGCCGUUGAGCCUCCUCAUUUCCAUGCAAUUUCAGUCUCUAAUGUAUUUAUGCUACCAAGUUGAAGCUGCUGUUGAUUAUGGAGAUUCUCUUACAAUUGAUGGUCAGGAUAGAUGAGCCAACCGAACUAUUCAUAAUCAUGCUAAUCUCCUGUAGCCAAUAUGUUGACCCGAAUAGAGAUCGUCUCAACUAGGGUACAUGUGUCAUUGUUGCCUAAACAACAACACAUACAUAAUCACACCACAAGCAAUAUAGCUCAGCACGCAGUAGCGGGCAUAACAACAUGAGGGCAAACCUUUUGCUCUCAGGAUGGAUGCCAUGGAUAUGGUGUCCAUCAGUCUCUGCUUAACGAGGCUAAAGGGAUCAAAUUAAUUACUCGGACACAUGGGUUGCCCAAUGCCUCUCAAGUCUGUCCCAUUUGCAUACAACGUGAUCUCUACUGUCUACAUAUAUGGACGAUCUCCAUUCAUCAUCAGUAGACUAACUGGGAUAUAAAGAGGCUUUGAAUGUAUGUAUGCUUAUAUGUUGGGCAUUGCUGCCACAGAGAUGCUUCACUGCAUUGCAUUUAUCGGCUAAUGUGGAUGGACACUUCUUCAUUUUCAGCACAUGCAUGCUGUACUUUCUUCUAGUUAUAUUGAUUUGCUACCUCCAUCUUUAUUGUAGAACCAUAUUUAUUUUUCUGUGCUCACAGGCAUUUGAUAAGGUUGCACGCUGACUGUCAUGUGCAGAACCUGGUAAAGAUCUAGAGAACAGGGAUACGACAGUCGCCCUCAUCUAGCCGCUUGCAGGGUCUAAUUUUCCAAAAUAUGCAUUCUUGUUCGUACCGGCUUAGAAAAUACGUGCAGUAACUUGUUCUGGUUAACUACAACUUCUGAAUCUUGUAUGUCACAUUUUGUAUGUGUAUGCAUAUAUGAAUUUGUUA